GACCCCUGCCCUACCCUAACCGCCCCCCUAUAACUCUGCUAGCCCGAGCUGACCGACGAGCAGUGCAACAAACGACGAAUCCUAUUGAGCUCCCCCCUGUCUGUGCCUGUGCCGCACGCACACGCGAUUCCACUCGGCUGAACCUGGUCGCCGAUCGAUUUCUUCUUCCGGUUGAGCGAGGCGUGCAAGCUACAGCGUGCUGCCCCUAGCUCGCUCCCCGCCGCUUGGUUAACUAGCCGGCGACCCCGGCUGCCGAUCCUGCUUCAUAGGCUCCAUAGGCUUCCUUUCUUGGCCCCUGCUUCAGCUCCCACUUCUGUCUGCCUCCGAGGUGAAAGUAAGAGCGGAAGAACCUGACUGGUACCAGGGGAGCUAGCUAGCCUAGCAAACAUGGCCACCGCCUCCACCAUGUCCCUGCUCCCCAUCUCGCACCUCAAGCAGCUGCAGCAGCAGCGGCGCACGCGGCUCGCCAGCGCGCGCUCCGGGAAGGUGGUCGUGCUCGGCCGCCGGAGGCGACACGUCGUGCCGAGGGCCCGGCUGUUCGGUCCGGCCAUCUUCGAGGCGUCCAAGCUCAAGGUGCUGUUCGUGGGGGUGGACGAGGAGAAGCACCCGGGGAAGCUGCCCCGGACCUACACGCUCACCCACAGCGACGUGACGGCGCGGCUGACGCUGGCGGUGUCGCACACCAUCCACGCCGCGCAGCUGCAGGGCUGGUACAACCGCCUGCAGCGGGACGAGGUGGUGGCCGAGUGGAAGAAGGUGCAGGGCGCCAUGUCGCUGCACGUCCACUGCCACAUCUCCGGCGGCCACUUCCUGCUCGACCUCAUCGCGCCGCUCCGCUACUACAUCUUCCGCAAGGAGCUCCCCGUGGUUCUGAAGGCGUUCGUGCACGGCGACGGCAGCCUGUUCAGCCAGCACCCGGAGCUGGAGGAGGCCACGGUGUGGGUCUACUUCCACUCCAACAACCCCAACUUCAACCGCGUCGAGUGCUGGGGCCCGCUCCGCGACGCCGCCGCGCCCUACGACGACGACAACGCCACCGCCGACUCCCCAGCCGCCGACGCGGCCGUAGCGACCACGGCAACGGCCGCAAACGAGCAGGCGAUACGCGCGGGCCAGUGGCCGCGGCGGUGCCCCGGGCAGUGCGACUGCUGCUUCCCGCCCGAGUGCCUCAUCCCCUGGCCGCAGGAGCACGAAAUGGCCGCCGACGCCGGCCAGGCGCCGCCGCAGUGACAUGGCCCGGACAUACUACGUAGACUAGCCGAAUUGUUCAGCCUGCGAGAAGAAGGUACAUACACGCAGCGCAUGCAUUGGCGGCAAGAAAGCACCAUUGCAUGCAUGCAUGCGCUGCGCUAUUCUUUAAUUGGUAGAGCUUGAUAAUUAAUUAGCUCAGCUCUAGUGCAUGCUUAGGUUAGUCAGGCAAAUGUAAUACCAUGCGUGUGUCCUGUAAAUACAACUAUUUAGAUGGCGAGCAAGCGUAUCAUUUGGGGGUAAAAGUUAAAUCAAAGGUCGGUCUGCAAGAUAGGCAGUACUAGUAGCAAGAUUUCACAGUUUCAUUUGUACAAUGUUGACACUUGGAAGUUGGAACACGGCCGGGUUUGUGUA